AUGAUUGUUAGGAUUGCUGCUGCCAAUACUGCGAAUACAAUUAGUAUGAUAGUUUCUGAUGUUGUGGUUAAAAAUAUGCCAUCUCUUGGUAUGCUGGUUACGGUAGUUAAAACUGAUGCUGUUGUUGAUAUAUCUGCUGUUGUAGUGAUUAUUUGUGCGCUUGGUGUCGUGGUUAUGAAGAAUGUAAUAAUCCUAGUUAUAGUGG